UACACAUGUUUGUGCUUCCACAUGCGGCACAUUUUUCAAACUUGCCAACAUGUCUAGUAAGAAAAGCAAAAACAAAUCAAAGCGCUUAAAUGAAGGAGAAGACUCGACCAAUUCAGAGACGAGGAGCAGAAACUCCUUCAACGUCAUCGAUUUCAUUGAGAACGCUGACGACAAAACACCCAAAAGCUGCAGGUCAUCGUUAGCCCAACUGAGCCUCAACUCCUUAAAGUCAGCAGGAGUCAGCAUCGGCAGGCCCGUCCUCCUGACGAGUCCAGCAAGCGGACGACAGGAGGUGUGUCUGGGCUGGCCUGCUGCCACCUUCCCCGCCGGGAAAGUGGGCCUUCACACGUGUGUCCAGAACAACCUGAAAGUGAAAUGCGGGGAUGAAGUGAUGCUUCAUCCUCUGACAGGUCCUGUGCUUCCAGCUGAGGAAGUCAUUCUCUCUCCCAGGUCCAAAGAUGAAAAACUGGACACGGGCCAAUUCAGGAGCUUCCUGCUCAAUUCCUUAGUUGGCAACAUCAUUCUUCCAGGAAACGUCCUAUCUCUAACCUACUUUGGACGCCCCUGCAACCUUUUUGUUGAAACUGUAAGAGGCGAGGAUGGCAGCGCCCUCCAGAGGCCGCCUCAUCCUCUGUCUGGCUCGGUCCCAGACACAGAGUCGGCGUCCACCAUGAACUCCGUGCUGGACUCCACCCCUGCAGACCUCUCCUUGCACCUCAGCCUGCUCACUGUAGAUGACAGCAGGGGGUCAGGCACCACCCCCACGGCCAGCACCCCGCUCAAACCCACCUGCCCGCCUUCCUUGUCCUCGCCCACGUCGCCCACGUCUCCCGUUUGUAAUGCACGUCAUGCCCCUGCAGACUCUGAGGAGACUACCACCAGUCUGGAGGGUUUCUUCAGCGCUGAGCAGGCUGAGAAAACCGCCGCAACUCCCUCUGCUGGCUGGUCAAGCACCGACACCUUCUACCGCCUGUGCAGCGCCACCAAAGUCACCUUGAGAGGGACGACUCAGAAGCAGGAUGCACACACUAAAGAAGCUAAAAGGCCAAAAGUUACGUACAGCAUGAUUGGCGGCCUUAGCAGCCAGCUGGAUGUCAUCAGAGAAACGAUAGAACUUCCUCUCAAACACCCUCAACUCUUCUCCAACUAUGGCAUCCCCCCACCCAGGGGAGUCCUCCUGUACGGCCCCCCUGGCACGGGAAAGACGAUGAUCGGGCGAGCCAUCGCCAACGAGGUGGGCGCUCACAUGACGGUGAUCAACGGGCCAGAAAUCAUGAGCAAGUUCUACGGGGAAACCGAAGAAACACUCAGGCGAAUAUUCACUGAGGCAUCUCAGAGGACACCUUCAAUCAUCUUUAUUGACGAGUUGGACGCUUUGUGUCCCAAGCGAGAGGGGGCCCAGAACGAAGUGGAGAAACGAGUCGUGGCGUCCCUCCUGACUCUCAUGGAUGGCAUCGGUUCCGAGGGUCACUCAGGACGGCUUCUGGUCCUGGGGGCCACAAACCGGCCCCACGCCAUCGACCCCGCCUUGAGGCGACCGGGCCGCUUUGACAAGGAGCUGGAGGUGGGAGUUCCCGGCCCUGCCGAACGCGCCGACAUUUUGCGGAAGCAGCUGGCUUCGGUUCCGUGCGGCGCCACCGCAGAGGAGCUGACGCGCCUCGCUGACGCCGCCCACGGCUACGUCGGAGCGGACCUGGCGGCUGUUUGCAAGGAGGCGGGUUUGCACGCACUGAGGCGCGCAAUCGGAUCGUCCAACCAGCCGACGGACCAGCAGCUGAUGGGGAAGGUGACCGUCACUCUGGCCGACCUCCGGUGGGCCAUGACGCUGGUGAAGCCCAGUGCCAUGAGGGAGGUCGCUAUCGAUGUGCCCAAGGUGCGCUGGGCAGACGUGGGCGGGAUGGAGGAAGUGAAGCUGAAACUGAAGCAGGCGGUGGAGUGGCCCCUGAGGCACCCCGAGGCCUUCACCCGCAUGGGCAUCCAGCCACCCAAGGGGGUCCUGCUGUACGGACCGCCGGGCUGCUCCAAGACCAUGAUCGCCAAGGCUCUGGCCAACGAAAGCGGACUCAACUUCCUGGCUGUCAAAGGUCCAGAAUUACUGAGCAAGUACGUUGGUGAGUCGGAAAGAGCCGUCAGAGAAGUGUUUCGGAAGGCGAGAGUCGUCGCUCCGUCUGUCGUCUUCUUCGACGAGAUCGACGCCCUGGCCAGCGAGAGAGGAAGCUCCUCGGCGUCGGGCGGCGUGGGCGACAGGGUGCUGGCCCAGCUCCUGACAGAGAUGGACGGCAUCGAGCAGCUCCGCAACGUCACCGUGCUCGCCGCCACCAACCGGCCGGACAUGAUCGAUAAGGCUCUGAUGCGUCCGGGUCGCCUGGACCGUAUCGUCUACGUGCCUCUCCCAGAUGCUCCGACCCGAAGAGAAAUAUUUCGCCUCCAGUUUCGGAACAUGCCCGUGGCCGAAGAUGUAUCUGUGGACCACCUGGUGACUCGCACAGAAAAGUACUCAGGAGCCGAGAUCACAGCCGUGUGCAGAGAGGCGGCCCUGCUGGCCCUGCAGGAGGACAUGAAAGCUCAGCACGUGGACGUCAGACAUUUUGCGAGCGCCCUCGGCGUGGUCAGGCCGCGCGUCCCCGAGUCUCUGCUGCGCUCGUACGCCGCCUACCAGCAGAGGAACGCCGCCAUGGACCCCGCCCCCCCCUUCCCGAUGCAGUCUUAGAGGCACAUCGCGUCGUAACUCAUCAUCAUCAUCAUCGUCAUGAUCAAUUUCGAAGAAGAAGAAGAAUCAUUUAUUUCAAUGAUCAUGUACAUUAGUCUCACGUGCGCACACUUUUUUUUUUUAAAUGAAUACGUUUUAAAUAUAUUGGCAAUGUAAUAAUGUAUUUGUGUUUUUAGCAGCUUAUCUUGUCAUUUUUAACACAAGCAAUAAACUAUA